AUGAGAAGAUUCAAGGUUCGUGAGCAAAUGAAACCUCGGAAUGAAAGUAAAAAAAUAUUUAAAAUCGAAUUUCAUAAAAUUGAGACGGGAUUAAAUCCACUUUUCCUUUGGAUUGGAAUUGCAUGGUGCAUUUCGAAAGUAUUGCAAUGGAUGACGUUAAGUGAACACACAGUUUGGGAGAUAGGAUGGAGCCGGUUUCUUAAUUUAUACGGUGAUGACACAUUCAAUUUAAUUGUACACGGUACAAGCAACCUUUCUUUCAUAUUGGUUGUGACAUUUAGUGGGUUAUUUUUAUUUAUGGACCUGACACUCAAGCCUGAAACGUUUAGGAAGUAUAAAGUUCAACCACACACAAAUGAGCCUCUUGAGUAUAAAAAGCUUCGGAAGCUUCAUCACGAAUGGACAUCAAGCAUUGCUAUUAUUGCACUUUAUUCGCAUCCAUUCGAACAUUUUCUUGUUAAUCUUGGAAGCGUGUUUGGUGGAAUUAUCAUUUCAGGUUGUCAUAUUGCAACUGCUUGGAUUUGGCUAGGACUUUUAUUGAUAUCAACACUUGCUGAUCAUUCAGGGUAUCAUGUUCCAUUUUUACAUUCUUCAGAGUUUCAUGAUUAUCAUCAUUUAAAGUUUAAUGUGAAUUAUGGGGCGACAGGUCUGAUGGAUUACUUGUUUGGUACCGAUAAAGUUUUCCGUCAUACUAUCAACGACAUUCGUCAUCGAACUUUAUAUACUUUCAAGUCAGCCCGAGAACUGUUUCCCGACCCAUCAAACCAAAAAGAUGAAUAA